GCUCGCACCAGCUGUUUCCCGCCUUGAGCCGCAGGCAGAGGCCGCCGGAGCCGGAGCCGGAGCCGGAGCCGGGCCCGGCCGCUCUCCCCCCGCGCCUCCCCGGCAUGGAGUACUUCAUGGUGCCGGCCCAGAAGGUGCCCUCCCUGCAGCACUUCAGGAAAUCCGAGAAGGAGGUCAUCGGCGGGCUCUGCAGCUUGGCUAACAUCCCGUUGACUCCGGAGACCCAGCGGGACCAGGAGCGACGGAUACGCAGGGAAAUCGCCAACAGCAACGAGAGACGGCGGAUGCAGAGCAUCAAUGCUGGCUUCCAGUCUCUGAAAACCCUCAUCCCACACACGGACGGGGAGAAGCUCAGCAAGGCGGCCAUCCUCCAGCAGACUGCCGAGUACAUCUUCUCCCUGGAGCAGGAGAAGACUCGACUACUGCAGCAAAACACCCAGCUCAAGCGGUUCAUCCAGGAGUUCAGCGGCUCCUCCCCGAAACGGCGACGGGCGGAGGACAAAGAUGAGGGGAUCGGCUCGCCGGACAUCUGGGAGGAUGAGAAGGCUGAGGAUCUGCGGCGGGAGAUGAUCGAGCUCCGGCAGCAGCUGGACAAGGAGCGCUCGGUCCGCAUGAUGCUGGAGGAGCAGGUUCGCUCCCUGGAGGCCCACAUGUACCCCGAGAAGCUGAAGGUGAUCGCUCAGCAAGUGCAGCUCCAGCAGCAGCAGGAACAGGUGAGGUUGCUGCACCAGGAGAAGCUAGAGCGCGAGCAGCAGAUACGAACCCAGCUCCUGCCAUCACAUGCUCCCCCAGCGCCCACCCACCACCCCACCGUGAUCGUUCCAGCGCCGCCUCCCUCCCAUCACGUCACUGUGGUCACCAUGGGCCCGUCCUCGGUCAUCAACACAGUCUCCACGUCCCGGCAAAACCUGGACACCAUCGUUCAGGCGAUCCAACACAUUGAGGGGACGCAGGAGAAGCAGCUGCAGGAAGAGGAGCAGAGACGUGCUGUCAUUGUGACGCCGGCACGCGCUUGCCCUGAGCCUUCUGCCUCCGACACCGCCUCCGACACCGAGGGCAACGACAGUGACUCCAUGGACCAGAGCAAAGAAGAGCCCUCGGGAGACGGGGAGCUGCCCUGACACCCCCUGGCUGGCAGCUGGGGAGGGGAGCCGGGGUGGGGUGGGGGGAAAACGUCAGAGAAUAUGCUGAAAUUUUUAAAAAAUACAACGCGAUUUGGGUCUCUUUUAUGACCUUUUUCCAAUACUGUAAAGCAGAGCGCUAGAAGCAGGCAAAGGUCACCCUUCAGCUCUUGGGGGGGCGGCUCGGGGGGGGGUGGGUGCUCAAGGGCAGCCACACAGGGAUGUGGGGGGCUCGGGGCGCAGUGGGACAGUGGCGGGGGAGUGUUAGGGAUGGGGGGGUCGCUGCCCCCCACCCUGUUUUAUCAGCCCCCCCGCCACUGACCCAUGGGGUAUCCUGCCAAGCUGGCAGCAGCCCCCGUGUUCCCAAUGGCAUUCCCUUGGGUCGCGGCCUUUGGUUGGGAUCUUAAUUUGUUUUUUCUUCCUCUUUUGUGUUGUUUUUUAAUUAAAUGUUCAUUUUUAAGCAGGGGGGAGAUGCCAAGUGACACGGCAGCAAAGGCGGGACAGGGACCCCCAGCUUCGGGGUACAACCAGCCCCACCACGGCUUCUGCACCCCGCGUGGGGCAGAGAAAACCCCUUUGGAAAGUAAAAAAAUCCUGGGAUUAUGCCACCGGAGCACAGGCAGGAGGGCCGGCAUGUGCCACCCCCCCCCGGCAUUUCCAACGCCCACCUCCUUGGCACGGGGAUGGCGGUUUGGGGGCUGAUUUUACACCCCUGUCCUCAUCCCUGUCCCCAUCCCCGUCCCUGUCCCUGUCCCCUCAUACUGCUCCCAUCCCUCCUUUAAGCACUUAAUCCGGUUCGCGGGGUCCGUCAGCUCCGAAGAGCUUUUCUAUUUCGUGAUUGUGUCGCUUGGGUCUGUUGUGGCAGGCAGGGGGGUCCUCAUUUUGUGUGUGUGUUCCCCCCUCGCCCCUGCCGCCCCCCGCCCGGCUGUAGGGUUUUAGGCCAGUUGUGUGUAGAGCCUCGGUGGUAUUUGGUAGGUUCCCCCCAGCCGCAGCUGUUUCUCGGUUCCUUUCCCUUUUUUUUUUUUUUUUUGUAUUUUUUUUACGAUUUUCAGGUCUUUGUGUUGAUUGAGAAGCUAUUCUAUUUUGUUAAGAAAGUGGAAAAAAAAAAAAGAGGCUCGUGCCUUUGUAAAGAAACAAAAUAAAGUUUGUACUUGGUUUUUUAGAA